AUGGGUAAAUCAAAAAGAAGAUCUAGAGCUUCUAAUGCUCGUGCCAAUCCAUUGUUGAGAAAUGCUGCUAAAGAUGAUCAAAUUAGAACUAAGAGAAUUCAACCAUUGAUAGAACAGUUAUCCAGCGUGAUUCCAAACGAUAGAUCUAUAGCUUUAGGCACGAUUAUGGUCUUAUGUGAAGAUCCUCAUAUGAGAUCUCUUUUCCUAAAGGAAAAAUUGGUUAAUGUUGUUACAUCCAAACUAUUGACGGAUUCCAAUACUGAUAUCGUGGUAGAAUCUUACGGUGUUUUAAGAAAUCUAGCACUAGAAGAGGGCUAUGAUUUAGCAACGCAUAUUUGGAGAUUGAAUAUUUGGGUGAAUAUUGAGUCCGGUUUGUCGCAAGUUCAACAGUCACUACAAUCAAUGAAAUCUGAUGAGUCUAAAGCUAAAAAGGAAUCUAAAAGGCUGUUAUACGAUUUUGCUGAAAAUAUCUUAUCAUUAUUAGUGGCAUUAGUAAACGGAUCGGAUGCUAUACUUGAUGACGUCGUCAAGACAGAUAAAUUGGAUAAAGUGUUCGCUGUUAUGACUAAUAUUUUGAGUUACGGUAUGGUAAUUUCUGAUAAUACCGUGACUUUGAAAACAACUACACAGUUAUUCAACACUGUCUUGGACCUUAUUUAUGACAUAUCUAGUGAUUCUUCUGAAUUCAUCGAUAAAGUUUCUGCACAUGAAUUUCUCUCGCCAUUUGUCGAGAAUAUAAUUAAUUGGGAGUUUGCCAACGAUAACGAGUUAACUAAGGUACUAAUACAAGGUAUCUACUUACAAUUCAUGGAUACAGACAUAAGUUAUGACAUCGCAGCAUCAAUAAUAACCAAGGUACUACAAUCCGUAGAACACAUUAAUUUAGCUGAGGUAAAAUCGACUUUAUCGAACAAGACCGAGGAUUCUGAAUUGAUGAAAGAAAGUAAUGAAGAAAUAACAAAAAAGAUUAAAGACUACACUAAGAAAAGGACCGAAGCCAUGAUCAAAUUUCAAAGUAUAGAAAUCAGUCUUGAUGUGAUCGCUGCAGCUAUUGAAUUGAUCGGUGCUAAAUACGAAGAAAGCCAUAAACCUCUUAAUGGUUCAUUAUUACCUGUCCUUACUCAAAAUGUUCCUUCUGUAUUUUCUGCAUUAUACACUGAUUUCACUUCAAGAGUAUUGAUUGGAUGGAACAAUCUUCUAUGGCUUUACCUAUCUGUCGGGAUUAGCUUUUUUGAGUUGGGCAAUUACUGGGAGCACCUCUGGUCAGCUAUGCAGAAUGGUUCUGAAGAUAAGGAUUUCGGUAUUAAAAUCGGGAAACUAAGUGUAACCUGGGCAUUGUUGAAGAAUGUUCAAGCCGUUUUUGGCACCUCUGGUUCUGGUGAUUUCUUCCGAGUAGUUCAAAUAAACAAUCAACAGUUCAUUGAUUCCAUAAUUAACGUCUUCAACGAGGGAAAAAGUUUGAAUCCUGAAGAAGGUGUGGAGUUGCAACAACGUUGUUGCGGUGUACUAGGUACUCUAGCUGGUUUCCAAAACCAAAUUGAACUAAACAAAGCCAUAGGUGACUUUUUUAUCAAUACACUUUCAAGCAAGGAAACAAAAGCACCAGUAGUAGUAGAUUUUAUGAACACAUUCUUUGAAAUAUACUCAGACAUGAACUUUGAUUACGAUGAACCAGUAUUUGUAAACUUGAACUAUCUUUCGAUACUUCAAACACAGGUUUCAUUAAAUUUGAAGAAUGUUUUCAAGUUUGUUGACAAGAACAAAGAUCCUCAACUGAAAGAAAGAUGUCAGGAUUGCUUUUCUACAUUGGAUAGUUUUAUUGCAUACAAACAAAAUGAACGUAACAAAUAA